GGUCCCUUACAGUAUUAUUUUGUGUUAUUUUUUACAAAGUAUUAUUCAGUUUACAUUAGAUUUUUCUUUCUGUUUCCAGAUUUUAGUGAUUACUUCCAGAUUCCAUUAUUACUUGAUCUUCCUGAUUUAUUGUCCUAUCUUCCUGUUCCAUCCUGUUUACCAUCCAGUUGAUCCAUUCAGAGAGUAUUUUCCAUUUUCUCCCAUCCAUUGUGUCAAUAUUCCAUUCCUUUUUUUCCCUUGGCAUCUGGAGUAUUUCGUCCUGUGUAAGGUCUUCCAAUUUCGAUUUCUGCUGCAUCUAGAAAGGUUCUUGGGACUUCAUCACUUCUCAUCCAUUUCCAGUUUUUGUUUUUAAUUUUUCCCAUGGAUUUGAUUAUCUCUUUUGAGAAAUUACUCUUUCUACUUGUGUUUCUUGGAUGGAUUUUAUUUGAUUUGAUUUGAAGAUCUUGGUAUAUACCGUUGUUUCCCCUUUUUUCUGGAUUUGAUACUGGAACCAACUUGAGCUUCUUUGAGUUAUUAUGAUCCACUUCUUUGGUCCUUUUUGUGCCCUUCUAGCAGUAGGAUUUUUCUUGAGAAUCUCUGCGGAUAACCUUGCAUUAUCUUGAUUGAACCAAGAUUUUCAUCAGGUAGUUGGCUCCUUUGAUCAUACGGGCAUUCUGGUUGUCAGCUUUUGGAACAAACGCACAAUUUAAUGUGGAUACACACUCUGUGGUUUUCGUAAAUCCAUCCGUUGCCAGACUGGAUGAUUUGCUCUUAAAGUUCAGGACCAUUUCAAUUUCUUUUUUACUCAUUUCUCCUUUGAUAUUGAUUGGUAAAUCUUUAUAGACAGGUUUCUCAGUUGUAAAAUCCUUUAUCUGGUUAUCCCUAGACUUGAUCAUAUCUUGAUUUAGACCAGUUUUCCUCAUACUAAGGUAUUCUUUGAUUAUCUUCCAUAGCUGUUUGGAUGUUUUGGAUUCUUUUAUCUUUAGCUGAAUACUUUUUGAUAAUUUCAGUAUUUUCUUACUCUUAUCUAUUCUGAUCUAUCUACCAUUAUUUUCUGGAAAAUUAAUUAUUUGUUUACACAUUUUUAUUAUCGGGCUGUUUUUUCUCCAUCUUUUUUCCAUUUCUUGUUUUGUGUUACACUUCCAGUUGAGUUUCCAUGAGUUUAUCUUCAAUACUCUCUCCAUCUUUGGAUUUCUUUUGUUUAGUAUAAUCUUGGCUUGAACUGCUUUGUGAUCUGUUAGGGCGAUCUUUAUUAUUCUUAUCCAUCUGAUGUUUAAAUUCUUGCUUGUUAUAAUUAAGUCCAAUACAGUUCCUGAUCUAGAGUAUGUUGCUAUUUUAUUAUCAUUCGCUAUUUUUAGGUCAUAGCUCUCAAUAAUACUCCUCGUUGUAUUCCCAAUGUGUAUAGAGUACCUGUGGAACUGUUUUUCUGACCAUAGUUCAUUGGUUGCAUUUAGAUCUCCCAUUAUUACUAUAUUUUUUCCUUUGGAUCUUCUGAGUAUUUGUUGGAUAGCUUCAAGUUGUCGAUAGGCCAGUUUUAAUUGUUCCUUAUUGAAGCAUCUUAAAUAGCAUGCCAUCACUAUUGUAUUUACUUCUGUUAGAUGUACAACUAUCAGGCACUGUAUUUCCAUUUCGAUUCUUUCCCAUUUGAUAUUUUUGGAUAUAACCAGAGCCAUUUCUUUGUUCUGAAUUAAACUUGAGUUUGUAUUGACUUCAAUCAUUGCUGAUUGAUUUAUUUCACAGAUACAUGUACAGGAAUUUACUAAGUAUUCCGUUUGGUUGAUAAUUCUUUUAGUAAUACUUUUUAUUUUAUUCACAUUUAUUGUUGUAAAUAGCAUCUUUCUAAGACUGUGUUGACAGUUUGAUCUUGUUUCUAAGAUUAAUUUCUUAACUUUCUCAUUGUGUCAGGAAAAGGAAAUCCAAUUUUUAUUUUGGUUGAGGAGGGUGAUUUGUUUUCCCCUGUUUUUACUUUUUUAUUGUCUCUUUGUUUUUCAGCAUGAUCUUAAUUCUCCAAUCUUCAUGAUUCAUCUGUGGAAGGACGAUUUCUGGAGAGUUCUGUGGUUAAUCCCAUCCUGUUCAUAAUUUUCAUUUUGUUAUCAUUGACCAUCGGAUAUGGUUUCGAUAGAUCGAUUUUCCUCGGAUCCAUUCUUCUAUCAGAUUGGAUCUGGAUUUUUAUUUUUAAAUUUUCAUUUUGCAAAGUUUGGAGAUUUGAUCCAGAUUUUGUUAUCAGAUUCUUAUUAUAUAUCUGAGAGAUUUCUUCUUGCCAUGUUAAGUUCUGGUUCAAUUAAUAAGAUUAUCUCUGGUACCCAUGUUACCAAUCCAUUAUUCCAGAUUUUAGCUAUAAAUGGUUUAGCUAAUGAUGAUUCUCAUUAUUAUUGUUAUUUACACGAUGGAACUAACUUAUUUAUUCCUUGUGUUGUUCCAAAUCUUCCGGAGAUAUCUUUGGUUAAAGAUUCAAUUAUAUUAUUAGAGAAAUAUUCUUAUAAUUACUACAUUUCUCUUAAACAGACUCUCCUUGAGAUAUCCAGUUUUAAGCUAUUACCUAGCUUAGUUACUCCUCAAGCUACCUUACCUGAUGCUAAUUCAUCAGAUAUGUCUCCUGUUAAUUUGACAGCUUCAGUUCCUGGUGUUGAACAAUUGCUGGAUAAUCAGAAUUUUUCUGGUCAAGCUGGUACUUCUCAUGAUGAUGAGGCUAGUGUUCAUAGUCUUCCCACCAAUUUAAAUUCUGCUUCUUCUUCUCGAUCAAGAUGCCGUUCUGUGUCUGACUUUCCCAUUAAUUUUGUCUCUGCUUCAUCCUAUUACUCAAAGAAGCGUAAACUUUCCAAGACUGACAAGAUUUAUCAUAUUGGUGAGUUAUUCUCACAGUCAUUCUGGACAAUUCGUGGACGUGUCUUAUCUAAGGGUUCAUUGGGAACUCUUACAUCAACUCCCGGAAGUCAUUGGUUUUGAUUUGAACUGGGUGACGUUUCUGGUACAAUAAAGAUCAAUGCUUUUGGGGACAAAUGUGACGAAUACUUUGAUAUGAUUCAGUUGAGUAAGGUUUAUUCUGUGAGCCGUGGAAAGCUAAUAUCAGCUAAUAGAAAGUUUAAUCAGACUGGCCACCCUAUGGAGAUUAGUUUGACUGCUGAUAGUUAUAUUUCAGAGUUGUCUAGCUUCAAUAAGAUGGAUUUUCCCAUGAUUACUUACAAUUUUAAAAAGAUUAUGGAUUUAAAGGAUGUUUCACCUGAUUCUGAGAUCGACACCAUAGGAGUUUGUAUCGACUCUCAUCUCUUCCAUAAUAAUUCUCAGAGAUCUAUCUUAAUAUUGGACGAUUCUCUUGCUGAGAUUAGAGUCUCAAUCUGGAAUCUAUCUCCUGAGAAAUUUAAUUCUCCUUUAAUCUCCAUUAUUGCUUUUCGAAGGGCUAAAAUGACUCAUAAGCGUUUUGGCAGAUUUUUAACUGUUUCUGGUCGCGCUACAGUUGAGAUAAAUCCUGAUAUACCUGAGGUUGCUCCUCUUGCCGAAUGGUAUUCUCUCCAUGGUGAUCGUGCUGUAACUACUUCUUUGACUAAAGGAGUUUUUGGCGAUAUUUCACUUAUUAGUGCUCUUCCAGUUGAUCUUAUGGAUGACCAGGUCAUUUAUACUAAUUUAGAUGUUACCAUUAGUGAUAUUUCUGGUCUAAUUUACCAGUCUUGUGCUAUCUGUUUUCAUAAGAUUAAAUUGUACAAAGGAGACAUUCCCGUCUGUGAAACCUGUAUGGAUACCGAACCUGUUUUGAUUAAUCAGCUAGUUUUAACUAUCCAUGUUUAUGAUGCUUCUGGUUCUGCUAGCUUGGUUGCUUUCACUAGCACUGCUUUGGAAUUGCUGGAUAAGGAUAUUGACGAUCUUUCUACUCUUGACGAAGAGCUAUCUUCUCUUUUGGAAACCUUCAAUGAGAAGAAGUUCAAAUUUAAUAUAAAGACUCGAAAGACUACUUUUCAUGUGCUUGUAAAUAUGAUAAUUGAUCUUUCCCUGUACAGGAGCCUUCUGAAAGAGAUUUGAUUAUUAUUAUCGUAUUAGUUGCUUUGAAUAUUCAUCAUAAACUUACAGUCGAGACAGUUUCAUUAAUCCAUGAACUUGAUAUUAUAUAAUCAAUAUCAAAUGAUAGUGAUGCUGAAUAUAAUCAAUUGACAUUUUGAAAAAUGAAUUUCAGGGCAGCGUGUCAAUGUCGAUAUAUUGCAUACUAAAAAUUUAAUUUGCCCUUUUAAUUAUCAAUUUCAAAUUCAUAAGAAGCCUAGUUUCUGUGAAAUUCAGCUAUGCUAAUCUGUUAAUAAAUUUGUGUCCGUGAGUUACCAAUGUCAAUACUGCUUUAAAUUGUUUGGCCAAAUUUCUACCUUGCAAUGAACUGUUCAGACUUAUUCCAAUGAAAAACCUUUCGAAUGCAAAACAAGGUAUGACUGGUAAAGUUUUAGACAAAUUUUCAGCAUUGAUUUGAGACAGUUUGACUAGACUCACAUGCACCAUUAAAUAAUUAAAAUCAAGUUGAACUUUUCAAAAAUACGUUGUGAAAAAAUGGAUUAAUUUUGAUCAAAAAUUGGCAAUAAAUAGAUAAAGGCGACAAAAUCUGAUUUUGCCUUUCGUCAAAAA